UUGUCUUUUGAUUUCCUUUCCAUUCUUUCUCACUAGAAAUACUCUUUGCCUCCCUAUACACUCUCAUGUUGUCACCAUAUUUGCGGAUUUCUCUCAUCUUGUCCUUCAACUAUUUAUAUCACUAGCUAGGGUUCUUAGUCUCUCUCUCUCUCUCUCUCUCUCUCUCUCUCUCUCUCUCACACACACACACACACACACACACACAUACACACAACUAUAUAUUAAAGAGUAUAUCGAUCUUGCAAGAUCUGGCCUAGCUAAGGGUGUUAAAGGUUGCUAUGAAUUAAGAUUAAUUAAAUAUUGAUGAUGGCUUCUAGCUACUCAAGUUCUCCAUGUGCUGCUUGCAAGUUUCUAAGAAGAAAAUGUAAUCAAGAUUGCAUUUUUGCACCUUAUUUUCCACCAGAAGAGCCUCAAAAAUUUGUGAAUGUUCACAAAAUAUUUGGUGCAAGCAAUGUUAGUAAAUUUCUAAAUGAAGUUUUACCUCAUCAAAGGGAAGAUACAGUGAAUUCUUUAGCUUAUGAAGCUGAAGCAAGGAUUAAAGAUCCAGUUUAUGGUUGUGUUGGAGCUAUUUCAGUGCUACAAAAACAACUUAUUAGGCUUCAAAAGGAACUUGAUGCUACAAAUGCUGAUUUGAUUAGCAUUACUCAUCAAGGUUCAAUUUCUCUUGGCCUUGGACAUGUUGAUCACUCUAAUGGUUUUCUUAAUUAUCCUUCUAAUUUGAGCAAUGAUAUGUGAUUUCAUUUCAACCUUUUGUAUGCAUCAAUUAGUCUCCGAUAAUAAUAAAUUCAAAUUCACCAUUUAGGGUUUCCUUGUAAUUAAUGUAUUAUAUAGAGUCACUCAUUUUGUAUAUAAUACUCUCUCUGUCCCAUUUUAUAAGACCUCAUUUGA